CUUCGUGGAGGAGUGUUUGCCAAAGGUGUGGAGGAAUGUAAUUAAUACAUUGUUAGCGAGAGAAAAAAAACGUGUCAAAAGUGGUCGACUGAUUAAGUAAUUGGGCUACAUAAGUGUCAUAAAGUGUACGAAGAAAUGAAUAGGUUUUAGUUUUUGUUUUCUAAAUUUUCGCUGUCUGAUUUUGUGCAUGUGUAGUUUACUUUGCAUGAAUUAACAGUUUUCGAGAAAAUCAUAUUACUGAGGUGAAGAAAGAGUGAACUAAAAUGGUACCUUAGGUAAUAUGAUUCCAGCGUAAGUAGUAAAAGUUUGAGAAUGUUUGGAAAAUAUUCUGUAGGCCUACAAGAAGUUGGUGUCCUUGUUAUGUUCAUGAUAAGGUGUCAGUUAUUGAAAAAAAAACUUACAUGGGAAUUUCAUAAUGUAACGCAUUCUUGUAUAAGACAUCAAAUAACAAAAAUUAAUGAAAUGCUUGUAUAAUACCUCAGGAUGACUUUGAGGAAUACAAGAGCAUCUACAAAAUACAUCGAAGAAGUAACCUAAACGUUUAUAGGAUCAAGGGAGUAAAUUAAACAUUCAAAAAUAUAGGAAAUAAUUUAAACGUUUCAAGGAUCGAGAAAAUAUCUUUAAAGGAUCGCAGGAGAGAAGAUUCCCCAGAAGGAUGAUCAACGCAGGGUUCGAACCCGACCUGUGCCUCGAAGUCGGAGGAACCGGCUCUCACGAAGAGGAAGACCCACGUCCUCCUCCUACAGUAGGAACCCAAACCGACAACAGCCCGACGAUCCUGAGCUCCUGGAAGAUCCUGAGGGCGAAUAAUACGGUCCCCGGACUCAACACUUCAUCAGGAUCAGCUGUUUCCGACUACGUGGUGAUCGAAACAAGUUCGUGGGGUUUCGACGCUUCGACUCAGACCCGAGACGCCGAACUCUUCCGUUACAGCGAGGCGAAGGUCAGAGACAUGGUUAUGGCGUGGCGCAUGAUCACCCUCUUCCUGCCAUGCACUUGGUAUCUGAUCAUGUACGUGACGGAUCAGCUGACGGACGUGGUUGUUACGGCGGAGUUCUGUUCGUCGGGGGAGAGCUGGUGGUGUGGUCUUUCGGUGACGUUCCUGGUGCUGCCCAGCCUCUUCAUCAGCGGAUACGCCUACGAACAGCUGACGCAACCAGACAUCGCCAGCGUGGCUCCUCUUAACAAGUGGUUUGCAAGCAUAGCGAGGAAAGUCAGCUGGUGCUACCGCGCAUGGCGAUCCCAAAGCUGGCUACAAAACAAACGCCAAUCAUCCUCUCCUCCCUCUUCCUCUUCCUCUCCUCCUCCUCCUACCUCCUCCUCAACCCAGCCACAGCGCCAGCCGGUGGUCCUCCGCCGCACGCCCAAGGAACUCUGGGAGCAAGCGAGCGCAGAGACCGAAUCGUCAACCGUAAAGUGGUUUCAGUCGCUGCUGGAGUCGGUGCCGCAGCUGAGCCUCCAGACCUACGUCCUCAUGGAGCAGAUCAGACGCUAUCAGGACCCAGACCACGAGCAAGGCGUGGUAUCUGCAGCCCUCGUAGCCUCGGCGCUGGUGAGUCUGACUUCAGCAUCGUCGGGUCUGGCUUCCGUGCUGAGCGAGAGGGCGUGGGAGAGAGUGGCUGCCUCCGUCGCCAUUUUCCUGACGCUGGGGUCACGCGUGCUGGUCAGCGGCGGCGUCGGCACCAUCCACCAGGCGCUGUGGUUCGUCCCCGUCCUGUCUGCCACGUUCAUCGGUCUCGUCACCAAGAUGUCCGAGACGAAGGAGGAGACGUGGGCAGCUGUCCUCACCAAGACGCAUAAAUAUUCCUUCGAAAGCUUCCUAAUGGCUACUGUCUGCCCGCCUUUCAAUGCUCUCGGUCUCUUUACGUCCGUCCCUUACGUUCUGGCGGGGAUGUGUUAUCUCACGCUCGACCCCGGGUGUUUCGUUAACAUCAUGGUCUUCGUGUUGUCCAUCUUGGGUCAGGUUGCGUGGCUGGCGCUUGGGUUUUUCACCACGUGACCUGCGUUCUUGAGAUCUGGUGGGCAGGGGGCGGGAGGCGGUUGGAAGAUGUGUUUGUUAGUUUAGUUAUAUAUAUUAAAAAAUAUAUAUAUAUAUAUAAGUACGCACAAACACACUUCUCAAAAAUAGAUAUUUGUAUCUUAGAUACUAAAUACGCGAAAGUAUAAAUACACAAACAUACAUAAACAAUUAGAAACUUGUAUAAAAAAACCACGUACGUAUUCAAACAAACUUACACGCACAUACAGACAAACGAAUCUACAAACACACUCGCACAGAAGCAUGUGUACACACAAAAACACACACAUAAAAUAUGCAUAUAUAUCACUUGCAUGUAUCAGAAAUGUAUCGGAUAUUUCGAUGCCUCGAGUUUUACCAGUAGGCCUAAAUGUAUGUGUUUAAAUAUUAAAGUCUAACAAG